GCAGGGCUGGCAAAAUGGGAAAACAUGGACCUCCUGGGAUCAGUGGAAACAUUGGAGCACCAGGGUUCAAGGGUAAAGCUGGAACAAAAGGAAAACAAGGACCACCUGGGCCAGUGGGACCAAAGGGUAUUCCAGGACUGAGAGGACAGAAGGGCGAGUCUGCCAUUACUGGUCUUAAGGGUCUCCCAGGUGAUAUGGGAAUACUGGGACCAAUCGGACCACCUGGGUUAAAGGGGAAUCCUGGUUUGCAGGGGCUCAAAGGUCGAAGAGGUCAUAAAGGAAAGCAGGGAGCUACUGGUCCUCGGGGUCCACGUGGGCAAAAAGGCUCUCCUGGACUCGCUGGUCAGCGUGGAACUGAGGGAAUGAAAGGUGUCCGAGGGAGGAGAGGACCAAAGGGCGUGAAGGGCAAGCGCGGACCUCCAGGAAAACCAGGUGUACCAGGCAAGCGCAAGCCAACUCAAAGGCGGGGAUCAAAAAACAAGCCAAAACCAGGUCAAAGAAAUGAGCUGAGGCCCAAAACAAAACCCAGUACAAGAUCAAAACUGAAAAAUGUGCCAAGACCCAGACAAAGACCCGGCCUCCUAAAGCGACGAGGAGGACAACAAAAACGGCCCAGGUCGAUGUCCAAGAGAUGGUCUGAAGUAGAUGAGUUGGAGGAAUCCUUCAGCUGGCCUCAGGGAACCAAAGAUGACCCUGCCACCACCUGCUAUGAACUGGGACUCAUAUACCCACAUCUGAAUGAUGGUUACUUUUACAUGGACCCCAAUCAAGGCUGUCCAUAUGAUGCUGUGAGGGUAUUCUGUAACUUCACAGCAGGAGGAACAACCUGCAUUGACCCUGUGCAGUCUCAGAUUAAGUUAAGUUGGGAACCAGAAAAGAAGAAAUCAAAAGUGUCCGUCCAGUGGUUCAGCCAGCAGCACGGUGGAAACAAGUUUGAGUACACUGGCGUGGAUGUUGUCCAGCUGAGGUUUCUGCGGUUACACAGCCACACAUCUUUCCAGCACAUGACUGUCAGCUGUAGGGCGAACCACUCCACUGUCACUGGCACAGCUAAUACAGCCAAUAGGAUUAUUCACUUCCUGGGAGACUCUGGCAAAGAAAUCAUUUCACACCUUACCACAGUGUCCAGGAAAGGCUGUGAGGUGGAGGUAGUUGUGAUGGUUCGGGGGAGCACAGAGCUACAUCGAGGUGAUAUGGAGUUACUUCCUGUCAGGGAUCUGGGCGUAGAGACGACGUUGUUAACUCUCCUUGUUCCUGAGAUCACUGUUGUUUUGGGACCCCUCUGCUUCUUGUGACCUAUGAGGAGUGUGUGUGUGUGUGUGUGUGUGUGUGUGUGUGUGUGUGUGUGUGUGUGUGUGUGUGUGUGUGUGUGUGAGAGAGAGUGACUGUGUCUGUGCAUGAUGAAUAAUAAUUGUAAAUAUCUCUUUAUAUAGAAAGCAGGGAUAUAUGAUGUUUUGUUUGGAUUAUUUGCUCAAUGCUGUUUUGUUUUUCUUUGCUUUUUUGUUGUGUAUUUAUUGAAUUGUCAUAA